UUGUGAGUAACCAUUUAAUAUAACCAGUCAACUUGUCCGAAAGCGGAAGGUUCGAAAUCAAUAAAAAAUGUUGGGGAGCCAACUGUCUGCCAUUGAGAUGAGCAAAAAAUCAGCCAAACAAGCAACUUUAUUUCAAAGUUGGGGAUCAAAGAAGAAAGAUCCAGAUGCAGCAGCUGUCAGUGCGUGUCAUGUGCCAACAAAGUCAGGCUUCUCUGUUGUAAACAAUGAUCCAAACAGCUUUAUAGAUCUAUGUGAUAGUUUUGAUGAUGAUGAAGACAACCAAAUUCUGUGGGAGGCAGAGGAGUCGGUUACAUCAUCUUUAAACAUAUCCAGUAAUGGGUCAUCUCCUAACAGAAAUGCAUCAACAAGUUGCAACAAAAAUCAAACUUCAGAAACAUUCGAUGGUAACAUAUCCAUUGGGGUCGCCAACUUUCCUUCCACACAGGUGAAUCCAACUCAAUUUGCAGACUUGCCAGGAUUCGACAGCAGUGCUGGUAAACUGUGGAUCUACCCUACUAACUACUCUAUCAGGGACUAUCAGUUUAAUAUUGUGCAGCAGGUGUUGUUCAAGAAUACCAUGGUCACUUUGCCGACAGGGCUGGGAAAAACGUUCAUUGCUGCCGUGGUGAUGUACAACUUCUACCGCUGGUACCCGCAGGGUAAGGUUGUCUUCAUGGCACCCACAAAACCACUGGUGGCCCAGCAGAUUGAGGCUUGCUACAACAUCAUGGGAAUACCCCAAGACCACACCGCUGAAAUGACAGGAAGCAUGGGUCCCUCAAAGCGUGAGAUAGCCUGGAGGGAGAAGCGGGUGUUUUUCCUCACGCCUCAAGUGCUAACCAAUGACCUCAGUCGAGGGUCAUGCCCUGCCGAGAUGGUCAAGUGUCUUGUCAUUGAUGAAGCCCACAAGGCACUCGGCAACCAUGCAUACUGUCAGGUAGUGAGAGAACUUGUGAAGUACACUCAAGCCUUCCGCAUCCUUGCCCUCAGUGCCACACCUGGUAGUGACAUCAAGGCAGUGCAACAAGUGCUCACUAAUCUGCUCAUAUCACACAUCGAGAUCCGCACAGAGGAGUCCAUAGACAUCAGGCAGUACUCUCAUGAGAGGAAGGUGGAAAAGUUUGUAGUUGCCCUAGGCGAUGAACUCUCAAAGGUCAAAGAGAAAUAUUCACAUAUCAUGGACGUGGUGGUGGGGCGACUGAAGCGACAGGGGGUGCUGUACAACAGGGAGACAACAAGCUUCUCCAAGUUCCUCAUUCUGAAAGCACGAGAGGCAUUCAGGCAGAAUCCACCUGAAAAACUGCAGCGUAACUUGUAUGGAGUAGUGGAGGGUGAUUUUGCCCUGGCAAUGAGUCUUUACCAUGGUUACGAACUUCUGCAGCUACAUGGGUCAAGGUCACUGUACAACUUCCUUGACAGUGUUGUUUCUGGGGAUAAAAGUUGUGGUCGCACACGGACCGAGCUUCUCAGGAAUGCAGACUUCAACCAGCUUAUGGAAAUGUUGUCUGGGAAAUACAAGACUCCUGAGGGUUUGACAUCAAGCCAGGUUGACGCUAGACCGAAGGUGGUAGGUCAUCCAAAGAUGGAGAAACUACAGGAGAUUGUCCUGGAACACUUCAAGAGGCAUACGAUUGGUCCCACCCGUGUUAUGAUAUUCUCUCAGUAUCGGGACAGCGUACAGGAGAUCACAGACAUGUUGCACGCUCACCGACCCAUGGUGAAGGUCAUGAGCUUUAUAGGACAGGCUUCAGCCGGCAAAAAUACUAAAGGAUUCACACAAAAAGAACAAUUGAAGGUUAUGAAGCAGUUUCGAGAGGGUGGCUACAACACGCUAGUGUCCACGUGUGUGGGUGAGGAGGGUCUGGACAUAGGAGAGGUGGACCUCAUCAUCUGCUUUGACGCCCACAAGAGCCCUAUACGCCUCGUGCAGAGGAUGGGGCGCACUGGGCGCAAACGGGAGGGAAGGAUUGUCAUGCUUGUCACGGAAGGCAAAGAGGAACAGAUUUACAACCAGAGUCAGUAUUCCAAGCGAAGCAUCCACAAGGCAAUCUUGAAUGGGGCCCGGUCGCUCCACUUCUUCCAGCACAGUCCCCGAAUGGUGCCAGAUACAUACCACCCCACCUGCCAUAAGAUGCACAUCACCGUCAAGCAUGCCUUCAAGCCAACUAAGAAACUGACCAAUGAGAGUAUAGUUGAUAAAAGAAGGACAAUAUGUUCUGCCCCCACUGCUGGAAGCCUGGAACCAGACCAAGAUCUGACCUUGGCUGAGUACCAGGAGCUGGUUCCCUGGCUGGUUCCUGAAUAUCAAGUCCCACAACUCCCAGGCUCUCAUAUUGCUGUCCUAGAGAAGGGGGAUCACUCUGAUCAGGAAAUGGAAGGACCACAGCUGUCUCUGUCCGACUGGUCCCCUUGGCAGACUACUCUACAGGACACAGGCAGGGUGGGGCAUGGGCAAUCAGCCAGGCACCUUGUGCAGAUUAUGGAGUUCAUACAGCUGCAGCAGUCUCUGGACCCAGAAGAUGACCCUUAUGGCCUGGAAAUGGCUGCAUACUUCAAUGAGGAGGAUGUUGUUACUGAGAAACUCACUGAGCAAUCUGAGUCCAUCAUAAAGUACUGCACCAACAAACAGGAGAACCCUGCUGUGAAACUAACUGCAGGCAAAUUUAAAAAUCGUCUUAGUGAAGCUUUGUCAAAAUUAAAAGAGGCCGAAGACAUGGACACUGAUGAUGAGCUGCCUGAAAUAAACCUUAAAACUGUGAAGACUCUAAAAUUAAGUUUAACUGAACACUAUGAUACAGAGCUGAAUUCUGAAUACCAAGAUACUGGAAGAUGUAUAAAUAAACAGCAUAAAACAUUAAAGGAUAAAAGUGAGAUGCCUGAAGCAAUGGACAUUGCAGAUGAAAAAGCUGUGGAAGUACAAGCAGAUCAAAAAGUCAUAUCCAAUGGAAAGAAAAUGAUAACAAGCAAGGCAAAGUCUUUGGAGGAAAAGAUAAAUAAAGUAAGGAUAAGAAAACGUAAGAAAAGUCUCCAUACCAGUGGCCAUAUCUCAGUUGUUCAGUUGAUAACUGACAGUGAUUCCAAUGACUUUGAUGGCAUUGAAAAAGGUGGUGAACAAGAAAAUGGUGAGGUUGAGAAUGAAAAAUUCAGCAUAACAAGUGCGAAGGAAUUGAAAUGUUCUCCAAAAACAAGGCAAAACUAUCGUGUGCAUAGUCCAACUAAAGCAAUAGAAGACAUUACCUCCGAUUAUAUAAGGAUUAGAACCCCACCACCACCUGAAGAGGUACAAAGGUUAUGCACUGAGAUGGAUAAGAAUUCUGGGAAAUUUGAAGUGGAUCUUAAGGCUUUGGUUGAUGAAUGGCACCAAGAAAAUAAAAAUGGGAAGUACAUUGUUUUUCCAGAAAACUAUAAAGGAAGACUUGCAUAUUCUCUGCCUACUGAUUAUCCAGAGUCUCAUUAUGCCAUGGACAAACCAUUGCAAAUGGCUGUACCUCAAGUAGAUAGUUACAUAGAUACUUCUUUAGAUGAUAUCAGGGUUAAUGAUAAAUGUAUGCCAUUAAAAUCAAUAGACACUGCAAGUUGUAAUUUAUUUGAAGAUGAUAUUCAACCAAGCAAACAUCCAGAAAAUGAUACAGAGAGACAUGGUUCAAAGUCACAAAAUAAUAAAAAAACAUGUAUGGCUAUGUCACAAUAUUCUACAUCAUUCGACGAUAAAGCAAUACUUGAGAUAGCUAAAAUGUGUAUGAUUGAUGAAGAAUGUGGAACUGCAAGUUCUUCUGAUAUUAAUCAACAAACUACAACUAAAGAUUUUAGUGCUGCAAUUGCGAAGGAUGAUCAUGAAGAUGAGUGGAUGAACACUGGAAGUUUUGCAAUUGACCUAGACUUUGAUAACUUUGUUAAAAAUGCAAAAGAAACUGAAGUUUUUGUAAAUUCAACUGAACAUUUUAAUCAAAAUGUAAAAACGUCUAAGGCCAAGUGUCAAACUUUUGGUUCAGAAAUCAAUGACAAAAACAUUGAACUCUAUGAUGAUGACAAGUGCAAAUCUCUAUUUGAUGUUUGCCAGGUGGGUCUAGAGUUAUUAGAUGACGAAGCUAACGAAGAAAGAAAUGAUGUUUCUCAGAGAAUUCCAUUCGUGAAAUCAAAAACCACUGAGCUCAGUUCAUGGCCUUUCAAAGAUAAAAUGGAGGAAUAUAAAACUGCAGUGAUCAAGAAACCCAUAGAAAGUGUAAGUCAAAUAACGUUUACCCAAGCCCUGAGUUUUGUUGGAGAGAAUACACCUAAUCCAGAAAGGAUGCGAGCAAAUUCUAUUACAAUUGAAAAGGAAGGGGAUACGAAUGAAGUUAGUAAAAGCAUAUUCAAUUCUGAAGAGAGUGCAGAUUUAUUUCCAGAUGAUAGCGUCAUAGAUUUAGUCAAUCUCGAAGACAUUCCAGACAAGGAAGUUUGUAUGACUUCAAAACAUUUUGACUCUUUAAGUUCUGAUGGUUCACGUGAAAAAAAUACAGAAUCAUGUUUAAAUGCUACGGAUUGCUCUGAAUUAAAUACAUGUCAAGUUGAUUCAAAAUCUGUGUUUAAUGUAAACAUUUACAAUUGUGUAAAUGAUAAAUACUCAGAAGGUAAGGAUACUGCAUGGAAUCCUGCUGACAACAAGGUUGCUGAUGUUUAUAAAGAAGAUAUAUGUAAGAAUACAAUGAACAAACGUUUGAUUUCCUCGCUGAACAAUCCAGACAAUAAUUCAAGAAAUGCAAAGCUUUCAACUUCUUAUGAAGAAGAGAUGGACCUACCUGUGUUUGAUUUAGGAUUUAAUGUGGAUGAUGACCUUAUACCUCCAUCACCCGAUGUGAAACCAUCUCUGUCACAGAAAUCCGUACGAUUAAGUCAGGCUUUUAAUAUGACUGGGAAAUUUAGAAGCCAGAACAUACAAAGUAUUUGCAUAGCCAAGGAAGCUGCUGAAGACAAUGGAAGUGUAAUCGAAGGUUUCAAUCAAGCUAGAAAUGACAAAUGCUUACAAUUGAACCCUAUUACUGGCGUCAAACGAAAUGACUUGAAAAACAAAUUAGAAGAAUCACAAUUUGUUCUUGAUUGUUUACCCAAACAUUCUAUAAAUAAGAAAUUGUCCUUUGUGUCAGGGAAGUUCGUUAGUGUUCCCGAAGUCAUUGAACAAGGAAUUAAAGAGUCUAAAAGAAUCCACACUGAUUUAGCAAAUGGAAAGAACUUACAGCAAACAAAAAUAAAUACAAAACAUAAUGUCAGUAAAACAUGUAAGGACAAAGUAUAUGUCAUUGUUGAGAAAAAUUCUUUUCAAAGUAAAGACGUGAUAGAUGAAAAACAUGAAACAUCAUUUUCAUUGCUUGAUACCGAUUUGGAUGAAUGGAUUGAUAGUGGCAAUGGUGUUAUUGUUCCAGGCAAUACUUCAAUGAACGCUGAAAAAUAUUCUUCUGCAUUAAAUACAAAAUGCAAAGAUAACAUUCCUGCCAACAAAAACCUUAGCAAAACACCCAUCGCAACGGUUUCACCUUUAAACAUACCUAAAGACCAAAAUGACCAGCAACUGCCUUUAAAAUGUGUAAUUUCCUCAAGCAGAAAAUCAAACGCGCGGAAGUCAGUUUUCAAAAUUGCGGAUCUCUCCCAUGACUUUUCUGAUGACGAAUCCUUUAGUUACCAAGAACAGGAUUCUCGGAAAGACACUGUGAAUGUCCUUAGUCUUCCAUUACGUGUUCAGAGCAAUACUAGCACACCUUUAGGAUCAAAUGGUUGUAGAAUACAAAGUGUCCCUCCUUUUCACCUUACGUCUAGUACCCCCAUACGCAAAUGUGAGUCAAGCCUAUCUGAAACUACUGCUUCUGACCAGACUGAAGUACAGGCAAAGCUUUCAAAUUGGAAGUUAUCACCCGAUUUUAAUCGUGAUGGUAAUGAAAACCAGGACGAGCUUGUCGAACUUUUAAGUACUGAAUGUGCCAGCUUUGAAAAUGCAAAGCAUGUUAAAGUUGAUAGUUCUUGUGUUAAUCAAAUCAGUUCUGACUUGGAAAAGUCUGUCAAUGAUGACAGUUUCAUUGUUGUAAGGAAGAAGAAAAAGGUUGGAGUUUUUGACUCUCCAUCCAGUCAGCAUGGUGAGACACCUAAAACACUUGCUAAUGCAAGUGCACAUUCAUCUUUGUCUGAAAACAAUAAUGACGAUGAUUUCGACGAUUCUUUUAUGAUGACUCAGAAUGAGUAUAUUCCUGUGAAGAAACUGCAACCGCUUUCAAGAAAUGAUGACUUCAAUUCAUUAGACAAAGAUUUGAAAGUGGGCUUUGAUAAACCAUAUGUGUCAGAUGAAGAUUUUGAAGAGAGUUUCGUUAAACCUAAAGUAUCUGACAGCACCCGAAAAGUCAAUAAUCUAAUUAAGAAAUCCCAACCAGCGAAUAUGGCAGUCAAAAGUACGCGUUCCAAAAACCCAUUCCUUGACGAUGAGGCUGAUUUAAGUGAAGAGGACGGUGAAUUAGCAUCCAGCGAUGAGGAAGAGGGUAGUGACCUGGACCAAUAUGAAAACAGCUUUAUACAAGAUUCACAGUUCACAGCUUCUCAGGCCACCAAUCAGACAGACAUACAUGCAAUGUACUUGAAGUCAGUUCGUAGCCCAGUUGGGGGAAGCGGGAAAUUCAAGUUGAAGUAUGAUUAUAAUAAAGAUGAAGACGUGUAUUCACAGGCCCCCGGACCCGAAGAGUCGCAUUACAUGGAAGAUUCGUUCUGUGUUGGGUCUGAAGCGGAAGACGAAUGGAUGCUAAAAGAGGAUGAAGAGGAGGUCAGUGAAGAUGAACCUAGGGAGAUUACUCUAAUGAAGGGAGAUAACUCUUUAAUGCAGUCUGUGAGAAAGACUAGGAGACGGAAAGGUGUGUUGACUUCGUUUCUUACUAGUAGGCAAAGAGAAAUUCAGGUUGGCCGUAUGAAAGCUUUGGACAAGAUCAGGUCAAGACUGAACAAUAAGAAAACAGAAUCUGAAGAUACCGGUAAAACGAUUGACAAAACAAAGGGCAAGAAAAGAAUACAUGUAUUGAACGACUCUUCAAGUGAUGAAGAGAAUAUGCAUUCUUGUAGUCACGCAAACAGUUCAAGUAAUGUUUCCCACGUUAGCAAAGCUUCACAGCACAGCCAUUUGAAAGGACGGAAGCGUGCAAGGUUGCUUUUGAGCAGUGAUGACAGUGAUUCUGAAAAUUUCACAAAUCUGAAAACCGCUCAGAAAACCACACGUUUAGAUGAUUCCGAUGAAAUAAGACCGCUUCUAACACUAAAGAGUGUAAAAACAGAAAACUUUGUCGAAAGAAACAACACAUUGUCUAAGAAAGAUAAUAAUGCUCAAAAGGAAAUGCCAAUCCAUGAUUCAAAUAAACCUAACAGUGUGUCAAAGUCUUUGUCAAAUGAUUCGUUAAAAGACAAACCUGCUUUGAAGCCAGUGAUUUUUGUUGACUCGAAGGAGAUUAUCGGCUCUCAAGACAUCAUAUCAGAUAUGAGAUUCAAACACGACAUUCAGGUUCACGCUGCGCAGCUACACGGAUGCGACUAUAUCAUCAGCAACAGAAUGGCCGUAGAGAGGAAGCAUUGGUCGGAGUUCAGUAACGGCGCAAACCGCGCAAAACUCAUCGAGCGGUUACUAGAGCUCGGUGAACUGUACGAUCGUCCUUGUUUGAUUGUGGAAAACGACCGCGUGAAAUCACGGGAAGAGAAAUCCACUCGGCCUGUCAAUUGGACAAAGUACGUGGAUCGCACGGUGGCGAUGUUAAUGAAAUCGAACGUGAAGGUGCUAUUCACGGAAGAUUGUUUUGAGACUGGCGCCUUGCUGGCCGAGUUGUGCAAACUUGAAGCGAGAAAAAACAUGAACAUAACAGUGUCACUGAACUUGAAAGAGGAGCAACUGAGCCGUGUAAAAUUUCUCGUUUCAUUUCCAAAGUUGAGUUAUAUUCAUGCACUGAACCUUGCCCAGGGGUUUAGAUCAAUGAAGGAGGUUCUUGACAGCUCGGCGAGCCGGAUAGAGAGUCGGGGAAAGAUGUCAGCGGCGAGAGCAAACGAGAUCUACAACUACAUAAAGCGUCUGUUUGACUCAAGUGGACUACCUACAAGUUAUAAAUAAUUGCAGUGCUAAAGCAGCUAUAUUACCCACAUCUGAGUGCUGUAUUUGCGUACUCUAUGUGCCUGUGUAUGAACAUACCAACUGGUUUGCUGUAUGUAUGUCUGGUACAUGCGAGUUUUUGUAUAAAAAAACCGCCGUUUAUGACUUGUGUGGCAAGCAAAAUUGUAAUAUUACUAUUUUAGUACGCAUUGAAAGUGUUCUAAGAAUUCAUUUUCAUUAUAAGAAGCAGAAUACACAAAGAAAGUGUUGAACCAUGUUACACAUGCAUUUUGUACAUAUAAUUAUGAUCUCAAUAACUGAUUUUCCGAUGCAGUAUGUUAUUUAAAGCCUUGAAAUCAACUUUUAGUCUUAACGUUGCAUAUUGUUAUACCGACAUUUACUGAUUUAGUGCUACCGACAGCUUAAUUGUGUCAGAAAUCAAUUCAAUGAGGAAGUCAAAAUAUACAACCUGUCCUUAUAA